CCUCGAUGAGAUGAAGAAAUGGAAAGACAAUCAACUCUCAAAGCUACAUUCAAAACAUUGAAGACGACUUGUGUCCCAGCGAAACAUUGUUCCCUAGAAUCUUUACUCGAAGCAACCACCACAGUACCCUAUCAAAAUGUUGAGCCCAGCGCCGACGUCCGUCCCACUCGAUCCGAAGCAACCGGUCCCGUCCCCGCCGGCUCCCUCGCAGCCGAGUCCGCCAACCAAGGCGGCGAAUUCGCCUCCAACCGCAACGUCGACACCGCCACCGCUUCUUCCCGAACCGGCACCGGCGGUGCUCCCGGGUCUAGCGCCGCAUCGAUCCCCGAUCAGGCCGCCGCAGCGCCGACAUAUGUGAACAACCAAUACAACCGCGACCCCAACGGGCCACACGGGAAGAACAUCACCGAGGGCUUCGACACGGCGAACACCAAAGACGGAGUGCAGGCUGCUUUCAACGCCGAGGUCGGUAGCGAGAAUGACCCUGGGCGUGUGGCGGAGCAGGGGCUGCUGAAGAGCCAGACUAAGGCUGGAAGGGAUGCUGGGCCCCGGCAGACUGAGGUUGGGGGAGAGACGGUGUACGAGAAGUUGAAGAGCGAUGUUCAGGCGUAGGAUGUGUUUGAUACAGCGUAUGAUUAAUGAUCUCUGUAUGAAUACUGUUGUUUGAUAACCUGAUUAUGGGCAUGGAUGGAAUAACAAAAUCUUUCCGAAUCAUGUGAUUGAUGAGAAUUGUCAGGAGAUUAUCAAAUUGAAAAGAGGUUGACGAUGCCUUGAGACUCUACACCACCCAUGGUCACAAACAAUUCCGCAAAACCUCCUGCUAACACGAAUUCGACCAGCGAUUACACCAUCACUUUUCUCUCGA